UUGGCUUUCUUCACCAUAUCUUCGUUGUUCUAAUACUCAAAUGCCAGUGCCAGCGGAAGUCCUUGACAGAUCUGACUCCAUGCAGACCGAAUUGCCUACCAUCGCAAACUCAUUAUUCAAUCCAUCAUUCAACCAAGCAGCUUCCAAUUACAACAAAGGAUACAAUGCCGCUCGACCUGCGAAGGACAUUGCCCGACACCUCCAUCAUGUCUCUUCUACCGAGGAUGAAAUAGACUUAUUGAGCGAAAAAGGUGAGCAGCUUCAGGAAAAGGCUCUCAGUAUCAUCAAAAAACUUGUUCCAGAAUGGAGUGACGUUGAUCACAUUGUGAUGGAUCGUAUCAGUGGAGCAAUGACAAAUGCUGUAUUUUUUGUCACUGCGCAAAAUCCUUAUCGACGAGUUCUGCUUCGAGUAUAUGGCAUUGGAUGCGAUCAACUAGUCGACCGAGAGCAAGAACUCAGUUGGCUUAGCAUCCUUUCACGCCAUGGAAUCGGUGCUCUUUUGUUGGGCACCUUCACCAAUGGUAGAGUUGAACAAUACUUGGAUUGUCAAACGCUUACACGUGAUGACAUUCGUGACCCUCAGACAUCAUGCCAAAUUGCCCGUGGCCUAUAUGAGCUACACGCCAUUUCGCAAAUCUAUCCCAAUAAGCGAACUGAUAUACCAGAGGUCUGGAAGAAUAUCGCAAAGUGGGUUCCCAUCGUCGAAUCUCUCCUACCUGCCUUGGAAAAACGUAGUGAGCACCAUAGAUCUAUGAUCGAGCGCUUUGACUUGCCCCAAGUUUUUUCAGAACUACCAUUAUUCAAACAGCAUCUGGAUGCUUUGCGCAGCCCCAUUGUUUUUACACACAAUGAUACUCAGUACGGUAAUAUUAUGCGUUUCCGUGAUGAAACAGGACGUCUCGUAGUGGUUGAUUUCGAAUAUUGUGGUUAUAAUCCCCGUGGAUUUGAUAUCGCUAAUCACUUUUGUGAGUGGACUGCUGACUAUCAUAGCAACGAACCCGCCAAAUUACACCCAAGUAGAUACCCUACUUUGGCCGAACAAGUUAGAUUUUUGGAAUCUUAUCUUGAUGAACGCGACCUUGCUCAGGGUACCGUGAGUUCUUCAUUUCAAAGACAAAACGAUGUUCAGCAGCUUUUGCGUGAAAUAGAAGGUUACGUCCUUGCUAGCCAUUUCAUGUGGGGCCUGUGGGGAUUAAUCCAAGCUAACCAGAGCGAGAUUGACUACGACUUUUUCCAGUAUGGUACUGAGCGACUGACAUCUUUCGUAGAUGGUUGGACUAUCUGGAAAGCCAAGGUAACCGGGCAAUAAGAGCAGUGCCACAAACGUGAGCCUGCUCAUUGUCCUUUCGUGAUUGAUACAUCAUAUUAUCAUCAUUUGGCUACUGAAUUUCCAACCUUACUGAUAACUGUUUUGCUUCAUCCUGCAAUAUUCCCUUUCCCUUUCCCAUUCUCUGUUCCUAUUUCUUUUUUGUUUCCUAUUGUAACAAGACCUCAAUUGUAAAUAAUAAAUAUAAUAAUUCCCAUUAUCAUCAAGC